UAUGCCCCUGACCGGAAUCGAACCUGGGACCCCUGAGUCCGCAGGCGGACGCUCUAUCCACUGAGCCAAACCGGUCCGGCUCUUAGAACUGCUUUUGCUACAUCCUGUAGAUUUUGAAAAGUUGUGUUCCCAUUUUCAUUUGUCUCAAGGUAGUUUUUAUUUUCUCUUUGACUUUUUCAUUGACCCAUUGAUUGUUCAGUAACAUGAUGUUUAAUCUACAUGUGUUAAUGUGUUGUUUUUCCAUUUUUUCUUCUUGUAAUUGAUUUCUAGUUUUAUUCUGUUGUGGUUGGAAAAGUGUUUGGUAUGAAAAGUGUUUGAAUUUAUUGAGACUUGUUUUGUGGUCUAACAUAUGAUCUUUUCUGGAGAAUGUUUAGUGUGCACUUGAAAAGAAUUGCAGUUUUGGAUGAAUUGUAUACAUAUUUAUGAAGUUCAUCUGAUUUAAUAUGACAUUUUGGCUAAUAUUUCCUUAUUGAUUUUCUGUCUGAAUGAUCUAUUCAUUGAUGUAAGUGGGGCAUUAAGGUUCCCUACUAUUAUUUUAUAACUGUUACUUUCUCCUUUUCUCCCUGUAAAUAUCUGUUUUAUGUAUUUAGGUGCUCCUAUGUUGGGUGCAUGAAUAUUUAUGAAUCUUAUAUCCCCUUCUUGCAUUGACGCUUUUAUCAUUAUUUAAUACCUUCUUAGUCUCUUUUUUGUCCGUUUAAAAAUGUUUUAUUUGUAUUAGGUACCAGAGAAAUGGGAGAUCCAGAAACUAUUGCCAAAAGCCAGGAUAUCUGGCCAGAGGAAAAAAAUCUCUUUUUCUCUUUUUGCUUGAAUAACAAAAGCAUGUUGUAGUGGUCGACCUGGCAUGGCGAACACAGUCCUUGUGGAGGAUUUAAAGUCUUGGGCCACCAAGGGAGUGUGCAGCAGGGUCAAAACUGAGGGUCCCAGACUCGGGUCUCCCAGAUAAUCAUUGGGGACCGUUUGGAGAGAAGGACUGAUAGAGGGAGAGGAGAAUUUGAGCUGUUGAUGAGCCAUCAGCAUUUUAAUCGAUGCAUAAGAGGAAGAGAAAAGAAGCAAAGUCAAAAAGCACAACCAUUUAGGAAACACAUUUGAACGCAGUUUUGGGGAAGGAUUCUCCACAAACACAAGAACAGGACGUUGUUCUGUGCAUGUGUCACCGAGAGCUGCAAAGGCUAGCAGCUAGGGCUGCAUCCGCCUGCGAAAGGGAGGGUCAUGCUCCAGGGCUCUGACCGCUAGGUGGUGCUGGAGGUCCGCGCCUGGGAAAAAGCACAGAGAAGGGGUCCCCAGGGAGCCCGACACGGAGGCGGGGCUGCGAGGCUGUACAAAGGCCGGGGAGCGGCAGCCCGGCUCAGGGCGCCUGUGCGCUGUCUGAGGAGUCCCGUCCUGGGGUGAUGGCAGUUCGGCUCCCGGCAGCCGUCCCAGCCUGUGGAUGCCAGUGUCCCGAGCGAAGGGCCCACGGGCUGCUGAGCAGGAGAAGAGGAGCGGGGUAGAGCGCUGUAAACUUGGUGCCAAGAAGAGGAGCAAUGAAUUCCUCAUUUCACCUGCAUUUCUUAGCUCUCAACCUGAACGCCACAGAGGGCAACCUUUCAGGACCGAACGUCAAGAACAAGUCUUCGCCGUGUGAAGAGAUGGGCAUCGCCGUGGAGGUGUUUCUGACUUUGGGUCUUAUCAGCCUCUUGGAGAACAUCUUGGUCAUAGGCGCCAUAAUAAAGAACAAGAACUUGCACUCUCCCAUGUAUUUCUUUGUGUGCAGUUUAGCUGUAGCUGACAUGAUGGUGAGCAUGUCCAACACCUGGGAGACCAUCACCAUAUACUUAAUACAUAAUAAGCACCUGGUGAUAGCAGAUGCCUUCGUGCGUAAUAUUGACAAUGUGUUUGACUCCAUGAUCUGCAUCUCGGUGGUGGCUUCCAUGUGCAGCUUGCUGGCCAUUGCGGUGGAUAGGUACGUCACUAUCUUCUAUGCCCUGCGCUACCACCACAUCAUGACAGUGAAGCGUUGCGGGGCGAUCAUUGCGAGCAUCUGGAUCUUUUGCACAGGCUGUGGCAUUGUUUUCAUCAUUUACUACGAGUCCACUUACGUCAUCAUUUGCCUCAUCUCCAUGUUCUUCACCAUGUUGUUCCUCAUGGUGUCUCUGUACAUACACAUGUUUCUCCUGGCACGGACGCAUGUCAAGCAGAUAGCAGCUCUGCCUGGAUACAGUUCCGUGCGGCAGAGGACCAGCAUGAAAGGCGCCAUCACCCUGACCAUGUUGCUAGGCGUUUUCAUUGUGUGCUGGGCUCCGUUCUUCCUCCAUCUCAUUCUGAUGAUCUCUUGCCCUCAGAAUCUCUACUGUUCUUGCUUUAUGUCUCACUUCAACAUGUACCUCAUACUCAUCAUGUGCAAUUCUGUGAUCGAUCCUCUGAUAUACGCCUUUCGCAGCCAAGAGAUGCGGAAGACCUUUAAGGAGAUUAUUUGUUGCCAUGGCUUCAGGAUACCCUGUAGGUUCCCUAGCAGCUAUUAAAAGUGCCCUCUGCAGCUUUCUUUUCUCCUUCCUUCACUUUAUAAUGAAGUCAGUUAGGGGUAAUCAAGAUAACUCAAAAUCAAAACUGUGCAUUCCAUUUAUCUUUUCUCUCGCUCUUGAAUUAGUACUUAAGAUGCACUCUCCCCCCUCCCCCCCUUUUUUCCUGUGGUGGUGGUUGGGCAGAUGUGCACAUGCAACUUAUCCAUUUUGGAAAUGGUCUGUGACAAUUUACUAUUGGCUCAUUUUCCUACUACUUUUUCUCCUACUCCCACCCAUUGCUGGGGGCCCCAUCCAUCUUCCAUCUAGUGUGUGCUCAGGGUCUACACAGAAUGAAGAGCUGACCAUAAUGGAAGAAAACUUGUGAAUAUUUACAUCAUGUGAUUGCUUUCUCUCCCCAGAAACUGUUUUGUAACUUCCUUGAUAUCCCUGGGACUUAUCCACGCUUUCCAGGGUAAAAUAGAGUGGUCAAGUUCUUUCCAUUUGAAAGUUCCUGUUUAUUUGCUAUGGGAGCUAUAGGGGCUCUUCUUUCUUGAACUUUUGGUUUAAUGGCUUGUGUUCAUAAUUGUCCAAGGAUGGAAUUUCCUUAAUUCUACUUCUGUCAAUCAUGUUUUUGCUUCUCCCCAGAUAUAAAACUUUAUGCUA